AGGACAAACUGUAAUGAGACUCUUACGAAAUCUUCAGUUUGAGAAUGAACUUAAAAAAAAUAGCUAAACUGGAUUUAAAACUUCGUUCGUUAUUUUGUGGUAUUUUAUUUCGCAGAAACAAUCCAAGUACCCGCAUAAUCCGAAUCUCCGUUGGAAAUGUAACUGUUUGAAUGACUCUUCCAGCAGCGACUGUUAUUUUGAAACUAUCGGCUCACUAAAAACCGGAAGUCGACUUUGAAAUUGGCAGAAGCGAAGCGAAGCGAAUCGGUGGCUCUUUGGUGUGAACGGAAGGAGCAGCGAGGCGCAGCCGAUCGGACCCCGUUUGACUCUCUCUGUCUUUUAAAUUGCCAGAUCACCAUGACUACAGAGCUCAGCACAGACAUUAAUAUCAAGGAACCACGAUGGGAUCAAGGGACAUUCAUUGGGAGAGCCAAGCAUUUCUUCACUGUCACUGACCCCCGAAAUAUCCUGUUAUCCACGGAACAGCUGGAGUCAGCGCGGCAAAUCAUUCAGGAUUACAGGCAAGGAAUCGUGUCUCCAGGACUCACAGAAGAUGCGCUGUGGAGGGCAAAGUACAUCUAUGACUCCGCCUUUCACCCGGACACGGGGGAGAAGAUGAUCCUGAUUGGUCGGAUGUCUGCGCAGGUUCCCAUGAACAUGACUAUCACGGGAUGCAUGAUGACCUUCUAUAAGUCAACUCCGGCAGUUGUGUUCUGGCAGUGGAUCAACCAGUCUUUCAACGCAAUAGUCAAUUACACCAACAGAAGUGGCGAUGCCCCUAUAACCGUCAGUCAGCUUGGUACCGCAUAUGUGUCCGCGACCACAGGCGCCGUUGCCACGGCUUUAGCGCUAAACGCACUAACCAAGCAUGUCUCACCACUUAUAGGCAGAUUUGUUCCGUUUGCUGCUGUGGCUGCUGCAAACUGCAUCAAUAUCCCACUGAUGAGGCAAAGAGAACUUAAACACGGUAUUCCGAUAACGGACGAGAACGGCAACAGGUUGGGGGAGUCGAAGAAGGCAGCCCAGCAAGCCAUCUCACAGGUGGUGGUGUCCAGAAUCCUCAUGGCCUCCCCAGGAAUGGCUAUUCCACCGUUCUUGAUGAACACCCUUGAAAAGAGAGCAUUUCUAAAGAGGUUUCCGUGGAUGAGUGCACCCAUACAGGUGGGACUGGUAGGAGUCUGCCUGGUGUUUGCCACUCCUCUCUGCUGCGCCCUGUUUCCACAGAACAGCUCCAUGUCGGUCGGCCGCUUGGAGCCUGAGCUCCAGGCAAAGAUCAAGGCCAGUUACCCGGAGGUAGAGAGGGUUUACUUCAACAAAGGCCUGUGACGACCAGGCCACGUCAUCCUGGUCACCGGCCCAAAACACCCCCCAGCACAGCAUGUCAUCCAACGUGCCGAAGUCCCCUCCUCCGUUUCUCCCGGAUUCAUACGGACCUCACUGACUUCUCCCUGUAUUUCAACCUGUGACGAGUCUGAUCUUCUUUAAUAUUUGCUUUCAACAUGGAAUUUUUCUGUGCUGUGCUCUUCGUGUGAAACUCCAUACACCACAUGCCAUCCUCCUGCAUUUUCUUCCCUGUUUGAAAUUCACUCUUUAAAUGCAGAUAUUAACACUGGUCCGUCAGUGUCUCCCAAAGCUGUUGGAAAUGUGGAUUUCUGACAAGGUACCUCUUAGGGGGUCUCGUGUUCUACUCGAUUUUAGAAGUGCAAUUUCCACGACAUAACAGGCCGUGGGGGGGGGGGACAUCUCUCAUCAUGUCUCUUAGAGCUGUGUUUUACUGCCAAAAUAUUUUCCUCAUUUUCUUUAAGGCCCCCAUUCUGGGUCCUUACUGAAAUUAGGAAUUUUACUCAAGUACAGCCUGUGAAAUAUAUACAGUUUAUCUGCGAGUGAAUUCUCCAAUGAUGCGUAUGAACAAAGACCGUUCAUGAUGUACAUAUAGCACUACUGUGUGUAUUUAUGGCCUUCAAGAACAAACUGCAAACAACGGGAGAAAAUGCAAAUAUAGAAUAUACAUAUCCUGUGAAUAUAUCGGCGGUCCCGGAUGGUGAUAAGCAAUUUUUGCAUAAUCUCUGGUUUUCACCAAUAAAAACAGGUGCUUUAUGACUUAUGUCACAAUUCUGAAGCUUUUAAUUGUGAAGAAAAACAUUAUGGGCAAUACUGUAAUACAAAAAUUAGUUUCAACUCCUGGCAUAUUUUAUUAAUUAAGUGGUUUACUGAAUCCUCGGUUCAUGAUGUACUGGUAAUGUUUAUUAUUUUUUUCCCCCACUAAUUGGCCACAUUUACUUAUGUUUAAAUAUAAACCAUUAGAAGGUAUCAGUGUACGAUUACUGCCGUUAAGAUUUUUUUGGGAUGUACGUAACAACGCAUUAUGUAAUAAUACCGAAUUGUGUAGCAAUUCGGCAAAAUUUAACAACUUUUCACUUCAUUAUGUAAUGGCACCCGCAUUCUGUAAUAAUCCCUCGCAUUUUGUAAUAGCCUGAAUGCAAUAUUGUAUUUGUACGUAUUUCCGUGCAUUCCGUAAUAAAUUACUACACAUUGCGGCACUUGCUACAAAAUGUGGGAGCUAUAGAUUUUGAUGAUGAAAAAUAUUCCGUAAUAAACUCCAUUGACACAUUAUGUGGUGUUAUUACAUAAUGCGUUGUUAUUACAUAAUGUGGUGUUAUUACAUAAUGCGUUGUUGCAGGGUGUCUCAGCUGACAUGGGAAGGUUUUUAUUGGUUGUAUGUUUUUUCAUCAACUAGCAUCCAAAAUGACAUUUCUAAAUGGAGGACGUGCAUACAUUCACUGUUAAGAAGCACAAAGGUUUUAAAUGCCUCUCAGGCCAUCAAACAAAAACCAGACAGGGUUUUCCAUCUCCUUGUAUUGUCGUUCUCAUUGUGAUCUGACUAGAACUUGCGCAACACAUGCAGCUGCUGGAUGUGACCUGUAAAGGUUUCGUUAAGUCCUGUCUGUGGAAGUACAACUUGAUUGGUCACCGUGUCCCUUGAUCGUUUGUAAGAUUUUUUCAGAGAAACCUUAUUCAGUUUCUGCCCUUGUGAAUAUUCCACUUUAAUGGCAGUAUUCUUUAAAAAAAAAUGAUAUAUAAACAAUAUAUAAUCUCAAUAAAUUAGGGUUAUGAUAAUGUAGGCAUCGCGUUCUGCGGUGAGAUAUGUGUUGUAGUGUUCUGAUUGGUUGUAAAGUAAAUAUAGAGUGUGUGGUUUUUAAGAUAAACACAACUUCAAUUAAAGAUUAAGUGAUGAAUUUUGACUUUGCUGCUGAUGAUCUGAAGCUAUGCCUAGACUUUGGGGGCCCUUUAAAAUGAUGGUUUUAGUCCAUCCUGUUCUAGUAGAGUUUUAUAUGAUAUAUCUACAUGCAGACAGUAUUUCUAAAUAAGGUGUAAAUGAAUGAUUAUUCCAAAAGGUACUGUGCGUUACAUAUGCAAUAGCAAAAUGGACAGUGGUGUUAGUCACAAGCGCAAAAGAUUCUUGGUACUGAUCUGCAGAACUGAUUUCAUGUUGACCUAACAGACGUUUCCUCAACGCUGAAUUUUAGGCCUCUUGUUAUUGAGCAACAGAACAAUCUCUGUGCCCAUCACAGGGAUGUACCCUGGUCCCACAGCAGUUAAUGAAACGCUGCCAUGAGUUCUUGACUCCCGUGCAAUAUCGUGUUUAAGAUCUGAUGUUACGCAUAGUGUUUCUGGAGAAGCCUGACGGCCGAGUUGUGUUUGCGAGGCAGUGUGGGGGUGAAACCUGCUCGCAGCGUUCUUCAGUAUUUGAUGGUUUUCUGUGUCGUGUGGAGCUAACGGAUUCCUUAAUGGUUUGUUGUGUACUAGGGAGAAAAUAUGUAAAUGUUGAAUAAAGAAAGUAAAAGUC